AUGUUCCACACCUUUGAACUCCGCCACAGCAACCCGCGCACAGCGACUGGAGAACAACGGCGAGGAAGACGACCAGGAUUACGAGCCUGCAAGGAAUGUCGUCGACGCAAGAUCCGCUGCACCGGGACGCAUCCUUGUGAGCCGUGUCUGUACUACAAAAAGCCGGAGCUGUGCCGCUAUUCGGAUCCCAGAGUGCCACACAGCGGGACGCGAGACCAUGGUUCCCAUCCCGAUAGUCAGUACCGGUCUGUUUUGGAGAGAUUGUUUCCUUCAGUCUCGUUGCAGUCGCUCGCGUCUCUGACGCGCGAGGAGCUCCUGGAUCUGUUGCGAGAUAGUAUACUUGGCUCGGAUCGGCCCCCUCCGCAGCCUCCUGAGCGUCCGGGGGAGGAGCACUCACGAUCGUCUUUGGAGGCGAUUUCAAUGGGAAACGCUGAUACUGGUGAAGUUAAUGCUGUCAAUGACAAGGAUGAUGUAUCGGAUGAUGUCAACGCGCUCUCCAUGGCAACGCGUCCGCCGUCCACCUACCUGGGCAUCUCUUCCAUCAAUGCCGUCCUCAAGGUGAUCAGCUGGGUCAAUCCGGAAUCAAUGGCUCGACCGUUCACUACAACUCCAUCGAGAAACAGGCCUAGAGUGAAAACGCGAGCUCCCGUAACCCCAUCAACCGAGUCCCAAGCCCGCGACCAACUCAUCGACGCCUACUUCAACUUCAUCCAUCCCUCCAUGCCGCUCCUCGACGAAACCGACUUCCGACAGACCUACGUAUCCAACACCAGGCGCGACGAGCACUGGCUCGCCCUCAUGAACAUGGUCCUCGCCCUAGGCAGCAUCUCCCUCUACCCCAGCGAUGACACCACGCACAUCACGUACUGCAAGCGCGCGCGCCAACACCUCUCCCUCGAAUCCCUCGGCAGCGCACACAUCGAGACCGUCCAGACCCUCGGCAUCAUGGCCGGCCACUACCUGCACUACAUCAGCCAGCCAAACCUGGCGUACGUGCUCAUCGGGGCCGCGGUACGGAUGGCCACCGCGCUGGGUCUACACAAGGAGACCGCAGACACAGACGCGAGCGAGAGCAGACCGCUCCAGUCAUCGUCUGUGCCCGUCGACCUGCGCCGGCGCAUCUGGUGGUCGCUCUACUGCCUCGAUACAUGGGGUUGCAUGACCCUCGGACGGCCAACGCUAGGCCGCUCAUCGACGGCCGUCUCGACGAAGCCGCCAGCGAACACAUCAACCACCCUCAUCCUCCUCGAAAACAUCCGCUUUUGCCAAAUCGCCACCCGCGCCCAGGAAGCCCUCGCCGCAUCCCCUCUCCCGCCCUACGCCCAACUCCAAGAUCUCGACACCGAGCUGACAAACUGGUACGCGCAGCUCCCACCGCUCCUGAAAACGUACGAACCAUGCCCGGACUCGGUCCAUACAGCCCGCACCAUCAUGCGCUGGAGUCUGCAUAACCUGCGCAUCCUCCUCUACCGCCCGUUCCUGCUACGGUAUGCCCUCCGCCGCGUCCCUGCCAUCACGCUCCACACCGAAGAGCGCCUCGCGAUUGAGAAGUGCCAGGUCCUCGCGCGCCAGGCGAUACGCGAUAUUGCUGAGACGCAGGUGAAGAGCCCCCCGGCUGCGUGGGGGGUUAUCUGGCAUGGGUUCCAGGCGAGCCUGGUGCCGCUGCUGAUGUUGAGUAUUCUUGCCGCGGAGGCUGAAAACGAUGUGGACAUAGAGAUGGUGGAGUCGUGCAGGGAGCAGCUUGAGGUCGCCAUGGCUGCUAUUGCGCGCGUCGAGGCGUGGCAGCCGACUGCGCGGCCGAGUCUGGAUCUUAUUGCGGGGAUUUUUCGGGCGUCGUUGGCGAGGUUGGGGUUGAUGGCAGCGUCGGGGGCCUCAUCGGAUGGGACGUCUCCUGUUGCCCCGGGGCGGGUAUAUCCGGUUGAUUUGCAGCCCAGGGUCCAGGUCCCGCAGACCGUUCCGAUGGCGUAUACGGGGAAUGAGCUGGGCGUGUCGAGUCAGGAUGUUUGGGAUUAUAUUAGUUGGGUGAGUCCCACGGCGUGGACUGAUGUGCAGGGGCAGGCGAGUACGAUGGAUCUGUGGUCCACGCCGGGGUGGUGGCAGCUUUGA